CAUCUACAGAUUCCUCUAAUCACUCACACCCGAUACCUUAAUACACCCUGUUAAUCUCUGCAACUGGGGCGUAUAUUGGACGACGUUAUGAAACCACUCCAUGCCUUUGCGAAGCAGGUGUUCGUUGCUGGACUUUGGAUCGAAACCCAGCGUGAAGAUCCAGUCGGCUGGUUGCGAGAUCUGAAUUCUGUGCUGAAUAAUUCUUCUUUUCCCAGUAUCUUUGUUCGUAUGGGCGGUUCUUAUUGCAUUGCCUGCUGCUCUCUUUUUUUGCCGGGGCGCCUUUUGCUCAGGCUCUUCGCGAUGAUAUCCUACCGAGACAUCUGGUUCCAGGCCCCAACCUUCGUCCCAUCACCCCCGUUGCCUCUUUUUCCUUUCUCUCCAUUUUCUGUCGAAAUAUUUAUGUCUUGUGUGUGUUUAAGAAUUCCAGAGGCCUGCACGGUACCUUGGGUAUGUGUAGAUAAGUCAACUUGGGCGUGGCAUGAAUGAAGCAGCGGAGAGGGAGGGGGCGCGAGAGAGAAGAGACUGUUGGACCUUUUUCCAAGCGUUUGUUUGCUGCUUCUUCGUCAUUACACCUUGAUAUUGGCGUCGGGAUGAAUAACAGACAAACAAUGCUUGUAACAUAGUCUUAAGAUGCAUCCUCCAUAGAAAAUAAUUGUGUAG